AUGGUGUCCAUCCUCUCUGUUCUUCUCUGCCUCGGGCUGAGUCUGGGCCAGAUCAUCCACGUGCAGGCAGGGACCCUCUCCAAAGCCACCAUGUGGGCUGAGCCAGGCCCUGUGGUCCCUUAUGGGAGCCCUGUGACCCUCUGGUGUCAGGGGACCCUGGAAGCCCAGGAGUUCUGUAUGUAUAGACAACAAAAACGUGUGCUUUGGAAAACACAGACUAAGUGGAAUCCCAGAGACAAGGUCAAGCUCUCCAUCACACGCAUGACAGAGAAUGAUGCAGGGAGAUACUACUGUUACUAUAUCAGAUUCACAGGCUGGUCAGGGCACAGUGACCCCCUGGAGCUGGUGGUGACAGGAGUCUACAGCAAACCCAGCCUCUCAGCCCUGCCCAGCCGUGUUGUGACCUCAGGAGGGAAGGUGAACCUCCAGUGUGGCUCAGGGCAGGGAUUUAACAGGUUCCUUCUGACUAAGGAAGGAGAUCACAGGCUCUCCUGGACUCUGGACUCACAGCCACAGCCCAGUGGGCAGUUCCUGACCCUUUUCCCUGUGUGCCCUGUAACCCACAGCCACAGGUGGAUGUUCAGAUGCUAUGGCUAUUACAGGGACAGGCCCCAUGUGUGGUCACACCCCAGUGACCUCCUAGAGCUCCUGGUCUCAGGUGAGUCUGGGAAGCCCUCCCUCCUGACCCAGCAGGGCCCCAUCGUGGCUUCUGGACAGAACCUGACCCUCCAGUGUCGCUCAGAUGUCGGCUAUGACAGAUUCGCUCUGCACAAGGAGGAGGGACAGGACCUCCCCGAGAGCCUUGUCCUGCAGCCCCAGGCUGGGCUCUCUCAGGCCCACUUCCCCCUGGACACUGUGAGCAGCUCGCAUGGAGGCCGGUACAGAUGCUACGGUGGAUACAACCUCUCCUCUGAGUGGUCGGCCCCCAGCGACCCCCUAGACAUCCUGGUGGCAGGACACCUGCCUGACAGACCAUCUCUAUCAGUGGUGGUGCACAUAGGCCUCAGGGUGGCAUCUGAAGGAAAGGUGACCCUGCUGUGUCAGUCACAGAGCCCGAGGGACACUUUUCUUCUGUCGAAGGAGGGGGCAGCGGAUGCCCCCCUGCGUCUGAGAUCAAAGCACCAAGCUCAGCAGUUCCAGGCAGAGUUCUCCAUGAGUCCUGUGACCUCAGCCCUCGGGGGCACCUACAGGUGCUACAGCUCACGCAGCACCUCCCCCUUCCUGCUGUCACUCCCCAGUGAGCCCCUAAAUCUCCUAGUCUCAGGUGAGCAGCCUGUCUUAUCCUCUCUGAGCUCCAAGGUCAUCUCUGUCUCUGUCCCCAGCAAAGUCUGA